CCAGCCUGGGCGCAGAGGCUGUCGGGAGGCUGGGCGGUACGACACAGGAGGCUGAGGCUGAAGAAGCUGUGGCGGGGCAUAGACCCAAGACGUCUGAGCUCCCACCUUUGGGGCCUCAGAAGUUUCUGAGAGAUGAAUUGGGUCGGGGGAUCUCGUACCAGGGUUCUGAUCAAGCAGGAAAGGAGAAAGCAAAAGGAAUAUUUUGAAAAGAAAAGAUUAAAAUCAAAAAUGAAAUUACUGGGAGUUUCAUCGCCUGUCAAAAAUUCCACUCUCAGUUUAGAUCUCCUUAACCUAUAUAUGGUAAAUCACAUAUCUUGCCAGAAGAAAACACCUGAAACUGUGAGAAAACCAAUACAUGUGAAUAUGCAUAGAGACAUAAAAAUGCCUCUAAGAAAGCAUAAUUUGGAACUUCCAAUGUCACCUCACUGUGUACCAUCUAAUCUCUGCAUUGAUGAUAUAAACAACAGACUAGGCAGCAAGAAAGAAUUUGCCCCAGUUCAGCUCAGUAAAGUUAAUUAUUCUAAUUCCUUGGUUUCCAAAUUAAGUGAAAAUCAAGAUGCUCUUAGUCCACCACAUAAAAUAGCACAAUUUGGGUCAUUAUUCAAAAGAUUAAACAGUCCAGACAAUAGGAAUUUCCUUACUGGAAGACCUGUUGUGGUUAUGGAUGAAGAAUGUGGAAGCAUGAAUGAACGAAGACAGUCAGAAUUCCUUACUGAAAAACAAUCGGUACAACAUAUUUGGGGAGAAAAUAGAAGAGAGGUUUCAAAUUUUCUUGCCGAUGUGAACCAGCCAACAGCCAGCCUUAAAUCAGAGAAUUGUAACUCUUUUAUUCGUGAAAAUGUCAUCAAUUUAUUAAACAUAGAUCAACAGAGGAUAAAGGAAACGUUUGACAAGUGUGGUGAUGACAGUAUGGGAGAUAUUUGUGCAAUCACAAGUUAUAAUAAAAAUGAUUCAACUGAUAGAUACAUUAGAAGUAUUUUUUCAGAUCCAGAGUUGACUGUUAGUAAUUCUACUUUGAAUAAAACAAGUUGUCCAGAAAAGUGUCAGCCAUACAAGAGGUGUCAAGAAGAGUACCAUAAUAAUGAAAGAAAUACUCUUAGUGCAUCUUUUGAAAACAAUUGUUAUGCACCCAGCUCUGAAAAAAAAGGAAAAUUUAAAUGUGAUUACCAAGAGAAGACACCACAGAAGGGAAGUCAGAAAUAUCCAGUGAAUCAUAUGGGUAAUAUGUCUUCGGAAGAAUUGUGUUCUAAGCAGUCAUGGGACUUUGGAUUUGGUGAGAUUCUGAUGGAAGGAAGAGGAACCUGUUCUUUAGAAGACAGAUCAACAUCUGCUAAGAAAAUCUAUCAUGAUUCUUCACAGAGUAGUCAGUCUGCCAGUUACUCUCCAAGGCCAACAGAUAGUUGCUUCAGUUCUAGUUCAGAGAUGCCAUCUGAAGAUGAAGAUCAAAUAUUGCAAGAAAUGGAAGAGUCAAAUAGGAGAUCCAUCAGAAUCAAAGAAACAACUAAUAAUUUUUAUCUAGAAAGGAUGCCAAAACUUCCAUGUGGUAGGAUUAUUAAGAACAGUGCCAAAAUUCAUAAACAAAAUGAAAAUCUUCACCAGUUCUCAAUGAAAAAUAAUACAGAUCAGUUUCCACUGUCUCAGUGUAAUUCAGCACACAUAUUACGAAACAAAACUAGUAAUAACUGCAUUCUACACGUUGCAAGGUGUGAUGCAUGGGUACAAACAGACAGUGAACCUGUAAUGGAAGAAAAAUUAGAUGCUGCCGUACAGUGUGAUAUAAUUUCAAAAUGUAAAUGUAGAAAUAAUGUGUCUUCUCCUUGUAAUAUUGAAAAGUGCAGUGAAAGUAUUAAGGCAGAUACCACUGGAGGGCAGGAAAUCCUUAAGAACAACUAAUAUUCUAAAAUCUCAGCUUAAAAUUUAGCAUUUCAUUUAAUGUUCAGAAUUUCAUGAACAUAACAAGGAAUGAGGAUAUGUAGAUAAGCACAAGGUGAAAAUAUUUGAA